AUGUCUCAUCCGUUUGUUGUCCCAGACAGGCCUCUAACAUGGCUCAUCACCGGCUGCUCAUCCGGGUUUGGACUAGCUCUCACAAGACUGGCGCAGAAACAAGGGCACACGGUGAUCGCCACCUCGCGCAACCCCCAAAAGACGCCGGACCUAGUGCGUGAAGUCCAGGAUGGAGGGGGCCGCUGGCUUCCGCUCGACGUUGACGACCUGAACUCGGGAGACCUCAUCACGGACCUCGAGAAAGCUGGUACUUUGAUAGAUGUGCUAGUCAAUAAUGCUGGAUGGUCCAUCCAUGGCCCGGCAGAAGGUUUCACGGAAGAAGAGACGAGGGCGCAGAUGGAUACCGUAUUCUUCGGGCCCUACCGGUUGAUGAGGGCGGUCGCCCCCCUUAUGCGAGAGAGAGGCAGCGGUGUCAUCGUCAAUAUCAGCUCUGGGGCUGGGUUGGAGGGGAGAGAAUCAAUGGGCAUUUAUGCGGCUGCGAAAGCCGCGAUGGAUGGUGUUAGCAAAGUCCUCGCAAAAGAAAUGGCUCCGUUCGGUGUCCGCGUCUUGACGGUUGCGCUCGGUUCGUUCGACACGAAUAUGGGGCCGACGGUCAGGUUAGCGAGCAAGCCUACGCCUUCGGACUACGACGGCAGUGCUCUAGAUGCAGUCUUUAAGAUCAUGGCUGCAUCGGCAACAGAAGGCUUUCCUGCCGAUGGGGAUCACGUGAAGGCAGCCAAGGUGAUAUAUGAAGUCAUUACCGGCACAGGAGUAGGUGAGGGCAAGGAGGGUGAGAGGAUGUUGCCUUUGGGAAGGGAUAUGGCGAAGAGAGUCGAUGAUGUCGUUGGAGGGUGGCAGAGAACCAUGGGCGUAUUCGGAGAUGUAUGCAACAACGUGUACUUGAAAAAGUAA